GGUCACCACUGGAGCUCGUGCCUGCAUUUGACCCAGCAGCACCAGUCCUUAACUGGCUCCAUGGAGUGGCAUCUGCAGUGGUCUGUGCUCCAGUAACGGGUGCAUUUGAACAUCAUGGUGGUCAUAGCACCGUCAAACUUAACCAACAACUCGAUGGACUUAGGCCUACAUCUCACAACAGGAACGAGUGGGGUUUUGACCUUACGAAAAUCAGUCCAGAGACCAUAAAUGGUAUAAUGGGUUCACUGGAUUUUCUAACAGAAGGUGAUAUGUUUAUAAAGUCUGACAGAAAUGCAGUUGAUGGGCGAUGGCCAGGUGAAGAUGGAAAUGGAAAUGUGACUGUGCCCUAUGUGAUCGCCCCAGACCUCGCCUCCAGGACUGCUGAUAUUCAAGAAGCUAUGAACAUGAUCUCAAACAAAUCCUGUGUCACAUUCCAUCAACGUAAAAAUGAGGAUCACUACUUAAGAUUUAAGUCUCAUCAAGGAUGUGCAUCUUAUGUUGGGUUCACUGGCGGAGAACAGGAUGUCUAUGUUAGCCCUUACUGUACUGUGGGCAACAUUUGUCAUGAGCUUAUGCAUUCCCUUGGCUUCUAUCAUGAGCAUUCACGAGUGGAUAGAGACUACCACAUCCAAAUAAAUUUUAAAAACAUGAUUAAAGGGAAAGAAAAGAAUUUUAACAAGGUGGUGGGAAACACUUUUGGUUUACCAUAUGACCUUGGCUCCAUUUUGCAUUACGGAAGGUCGUUCUUCUCCUCCAAUGGAAAGGCCACAGUUAUUCCAAAAAAGGUUAAUGAAGAUAUUGGCCAGAGGACUCACCUAAGUGAACUUGAUGUACGAAGGCUUAACAAACUAUACAAAUGUGACCAUGAUUAAAAUGACUGAGGACCAUAUAUAUCAAUCAGCUCACAUGGGUCUAAAAUAUUUCCAAGAAGCCAGGGAGGAGAAAACCACAGUAUGAGGAUGUUUGUUAGAAGUGCCUUUUGGAAGAUUAUGCCAUGGACACUGGUAUGCAUUUAAUAUGUUCAGUAUGAAAUGACUCGUGUAAUGCUGUGCCAUUAAAAAAAAGUAUCAAAAAGUA